AUGUCCUGGCCACCAGAGACCCACGAUGGCACCACCACGACACGGGUACCGGUCACAGACAGCUACUUAGCGCCAGGGAGAUGCGGAUGGGAUCUAAGCUACGGAGUUCUAAUCGACUUAAAAGUCGAUUGCUACCCAGACGCGUUUACGCACUGUCGAAGUCCUGGCGGUAUAACAAGCUAUGGACCACUGAAGUGCCCUGGAGCCUCUCAUACGGUCUGGGAGUCUACAGUCGCACUGUCUAUUGUCGAUAUACUACGUUGUCCACCUGGAUAUACCUACAACGGAGGAGAUGAACCACAUGGUGGCGUUGGUCUGGACUGCAACACCGUCGUCUCGAGUGGCUAUGUGUUUAUUUAUACGUCAUAUGACUAUCCCUUCGAUCCAUACAAUGCCGAUAUCAAGACCAGUACCAUCAGCGAUGGAUAUGUGCUGGGAAGAGAUGCAAUCCGCGGUCGGAACAUGAUCACUGGGACAACAGCUCCAAUGCUAGCCCGAGCGACGUCUACACCUAUCAGUAAUGCUCGAGGAACAGAUACUGGUAAGAGCUUUGGUAUAGGCAUCACGGCACCUUUAUCCGGAUUCACAUCGGUAAUGAAUGCUAUCGUUAUAGUGGUUCUUAUCUCCAUUACACCCCCCAUUGACGAUCAGCCAUCUGAUGUAUCUCGUUUGCUACCUAGCUCUUUCAAUAUUCCAAAUGGCACAGCAACGCCCCCUGAUACUGGAUUGUCGAAAGGAACCAGAAUUGGUAUCGGAGUCGGCGUACCUCUGAGUAUUAUUAGGCACCGAAGACAGCCAUUUAUGUCCCGAUACACAGUCUAUGAGAAGACUUCAACAGCUGUGGCAAGACAUGAUGGGCCCAUGGAGCUUCCAGCUGAGGUCAUGUGUCAUGAGAUGCCAGGAUAG